AUGGCAGAUCAACCCCGUUGCAAGAUUGCAUUUGCAGAAUUAUCAACAAGCGGUAAAAAGAAAUUUCCCUCGGAUCCGUCCUGUUGUCCAGCAUGCGGAGUCACCGUGAGACCACAAGAACUGGAACAACACUUCGCCCAGGAGCUCGACCGACUUUACAAGAUAUCCUCGGCGGCGUCUCGAACGCGAGCACCAAGAGCGAGUUUGCCCUCGGGACACCCCCAGGAUCAUCCGCACGGACCGAUGCUUCAUGCCCCCUCUUCAGCCGCUGAUGGAACGCCGCAUGGAAGAUGGGAGACUUACAAAAGGAUUAAGGCUAAUAGACAGGCUAGAAUUCGUGUGAAGAAUCGGAAACGAAAAGCGGACGAACCUUCUUGCCCAGUUUGUAACGAGAGAUUAUCUGGUACACCGGAGGAAUUGAAUCAGCAUGUUGAGAGAUGUUUGAACAAACACAACAACGGCAAUCCUGCCGGCCAGAACAAUUUAGACGAAGAGGAAGUUGACGUGGAAGGGGAUGCCGAAACUUUCGAGGAAUAUGAGUGGGCUGGACAGAGAAGAGUGCGAGCUACGUCGAUGCUCGUUGGAGGAUUCUCUGCCGCAGGUCUGGCGACGUCGUCGAGCAAUCGUUCGUCAACCGGUGGAAACGGCGGGUCGAAUCAACAGGAGGACGAAGACGUCGAUCUGGUGGUCGACGGUGACGACGCUGCCGAGUUUGGGCCAGCACAGUAUUCUGAAGCCGACGUGAUUACGCCGCGUAUGGAAGGUACACCGAGGGAGCAGAAGAAAAAAAAUGUGAUCUCGCCGAAUGCCCCCAAUACACCGCACACACCCGAACAAAUCGGUCAAGGUUUGGUCGAGGUGAAGCCUGAACCAGGAACAACCACGCCUCUUGGCCAGAACGAACAGGACGAGGGCGUCGCGGCGUCGCCGAGAAGGGAUGGCGAUACACCGGUGAUCGAAGCCCUCAGAGGCAGAAUUCGAGAACUCGAGGCGGAAAUGCGGAGCCAACCGUACAAGUGUCUCAUCUGUAUGGAACAAUACAAAAAGCCCGUCACUUCUGUAUGCUGUUGGCAUGUGCAUUGCGAGCAAUGCUGGUUACACACGUUGGGUGCAAAAAAGCUGUGUCCACAGUGCAACAUGAUAACGUCGCCUUCAGAUUUGCGGCGUAUCUACAUGUGA